UAAAUAAUUGUUUGUGUGUGUGAAGCAGGCGACGCUUGAGUUUGUUCAACUUGCCACAUUGAAUAAUCGCACAUUUAAUUAUUCGGUUGAAAAUGAAAUUCAAGAAAUUGUUCGCUUCGUUUAGCCCGACCAAGGGACAAAAGGAAAUGGCCAUGGCCUUUGUGCCAACAGCUGCCUACUUCGGACUGGCAAGUCUCCUGACACUUGUCUACUUCUCCGACUGGCGUCUCAUCACCAACUACAUUCCCCUCUACAACACCAAGUACCCGAAGGAGCCCGCCAAAUGAGACCCAACCACAUUUUACUAUCGGCUUCGACCAACGUUUCAUUUGGCUGCUUGUGAUGAAGGUCUGGCAAUUGGUCAAAUAAACAGUCGAAUUUUAAUCAAAACAUACAACAAUUGACGAGCAUUUCUAUUUGAGGGGGGAGGAAAAUGCAUUUUUGGAACCACCAAGUAAAAGUAAAUAAAUUGAUGCCGAGUCAAAAUACACAAAUCGAAAGAACAACAAAUAAAAACACAACUAAAAGCAUGUAAAGUUGGAUCUAACACAAAUAGUAGCAAUGCAAUGUAAAUGGACCUAUGUAUACGACUGUAAAUACCCUAUAAAAAUUAAGUAACAAUUUAA